CCUGCUAGCUGGGAGACGAGUUAACGCGUCUUUGAUUGUGAAGUGUUUUCAUGGAUUUGAUGAUCGCGAGUGAUGAUAUUUAGCCACCGACUGUCGAGAGCCAUUGCUGACCCGCGUCUUGAACUGCUUGCAAUGCAUGUACACGGUUAGCCUGAAUACUAGCUUAAACAGGCUAGAUCUCGCUACGCUUCGUUGGCUCCCUUGUUUACACGUUGGCGAGAGGCAAUGUUAGCUAGCACACAGAAAAACACUGCAUUACUUGUUUACUAACGGUUUUCUCAUAGCUAGACAGAAGUUGAAGGUAUUUAUAUUUUUAUACUAUGCAAACUGACUUUCUACAUUACACCCCGUGGCUUGUCAUCACUGAACACAACAGUAGCGUUAACCUACAAAAUAAAGCAGACUGCAUUGACACUGUAGCUUUAUUGAUAUCGCUAAAAUCGCAACAAAAGUCGACUUUUUAACCAUAACGAGAUUGGGUGACAAACGUAAGUGUCUGCGAUAGAUGGCGAUUAUAAAUGGCGUUGCUGCUUAGCAUGGCAGCAUCUCAUGGCAGCUCGUAGGUACCAGGGCAGAGGAGUUUACAGCGGUAGCCAAAUCGUCCCCGAGCUGCCGCUUGAGGCCAGCCAUAGAAGAAAACAGUGGUGUGAAUCAGUCGUUGACAUCAAAACAUCAUCGCAGAAACAAAGGACAAUGGAGUCGGUGAGGAGUGCCUUCCACGCUCAGCUGGCCACCGUCAUGGACUCGCUGCUCGCAGCCGCCGUGUGCGAGAUCGCCAAGAUCUUUGAGAGCAGCCUGUGCGAACAGCAGGCGGAGCUGGUGCAGAAAACAGAGCAGAUCUCCAUCCUCCGAGGCAAGCUGGAGAAGGUCGAGAGGAGGCAGAAGGCGAAGAGCGGAGGGAGCGAGGAAGGGGAGAUGCCAUCAGGAGACAGAGAGGGAGGCCUGAGGCAGCAGACCCUGAUAGGAUCAGGACUGAAUGUGGGAAAGGAUGUGUCUUCUCACCAAGACCCAGUGGAAGGACUCAGUCAGAGCCUCAGCGGGCUAAAAGAGGAGGUCACAGGCCAGAACGGAGCUUCAGUAAAACAUGAGUCUUCACAGCGUGCUGGAUCACGGCCUACCAUGGGGGCUGUCGCAGUCCAAACUGCAGAAGGAAGCCUUGCUGCUGGGGACCAGAGGCAGUUAGAUACCCUGUCUGCCACACAAGCCAAGACCAAAUUGUCUCAUUGGGACCAGGGCAGUCGCAGUGCAGACCACAGACCGCUACAGGAUCAAGCCUCCACCCCUUUUCUCUCCAUCUCCCAGAGUGGACGUUGCUCCCCCAGGCCUGACCCAAGCUUAGCUCAACCAGGAGAGUGGUUACCAGGCUUGGAUGCUACCCGAGGUGGGGUGUCCAGUCUGGAGAAUCUACAGGCAGAUGGCACCAGCUGCUCUGGUCCUGCUAGCAGCAGCACUGCCACAGACGCACCCUGCUUCCGACCUGGUUUUGGUUCUGACGAGACCAGCAAUGAAGAUGACGAUAGUUCUUUCCCUUUCCUGGACCAAGAGCCUGAGAACCAGAACUCCAAUCAGAACUCAGUGCAGGGCCAGGGUGUUGGACAGAGGGGAAAUCGGCAGGAUCAAUCCCAAGCUCCCUCUGGUGAAUCACCAUGGAGACCCAGAGACGACAGGGGUGGGAGAGGCCCCAUCAAUCAUACACGGCGGGUCACAACAUAUGGCAACAGAGACCCUCUCCGUUCACAGUCCAAUUCACAGUCGCUCACGCUACGGCACACCAACACCCUCAGCCAUCCUCCAGCUGCUGGUGGAGGGAAUGGACGACCUUACACUUGUCCAUACUGUGCCAAGUGUUUUACAUACCCCUCUCAUCAGCGCAGACACCUUUUGCGCCACACAGGAGUCAGACUGCAUCCCUGUCAGUUUUGUGACAAGAGCUUCCUCACUCCCUCGGAGCUCACUGUGCACACUCGCACACAUACAGGGGAGCGACCUUUUGGCUGCGCUCAGUGUGGUAAACGUUUUGCUCGCAGCGGGAACUUGAGAGCCCACCAACGGGAUGUUCAUAUGGGGAAGAGGCCCUUCGCUUGCACAGAAUGUGGAAAGAGAUUUGCCCACAGGGGGAACCUAAGGGUGCACAAUCACAGAGUCCACCAAGGAGAUCCCUACUACAUGGAAGAUCAGCAGGAGCCUGACAUAGGCCCUAAUCCCAUUUGAAUAAGAUUUAAAACAAUGAUGGUUCUGCACUUUAAUUUUGUUGGCACAAUAAACCCAGAGGAACAUGUUUGAGGGUUUGUUCCACCUAAACUUAUUACUGAACACUUAAAACAGUUUGAAAGUGUUUAAGGGUUUUGUUUUCUUAGUUUAUCUUCUUUCAGAUUUUAUGUGGGGCAACCAUAAAAUUAGCCCCCAUCAAAUUUUAUGUUAUUAAUGAAGUACAUGGUAAGUAAACUUUAUUUAAGUGUCUUAGUUUUAUUUUCUAUUAUGAUUCAGUGUCAGAAUUGUGGAUGACACUAAAAGGGAGAGCUUUCUAUUUAACUGUAUUGUAAAUGACUGGAUAUAAUGAUCAACAAAUAAGAAAUAUUGGCUGUUGUGGUUAAAAACAAAACAUUUUCUACAGGAUGACCCUAUCUUCCAACAGUUUUCUGCCCUGUCAGUGGAAAGUCACUGAACAAAUCUGAGUACCAUUUAAUUACUUGAGGUGACAGUACUUACUAAAUUAUGUUUUUCAUAAAGCCAAUAAAGAAAGGCUAGUUGAUGUUAGAUUUAGACAUGUGGCAUGCAGAGGUAGGAUAGCACAUCUCUUCCUUCAAAAUCAUGCUUAUCUACUGCCCGUCUCCUCAUACUUUUAUUUACACUGUGCUUUAAAAUAGAAACAUUAUUGCAACAAGUAAAUAACUGUGUUGUUAAAGAAGAACUGUGCUUUUAUUUUGCAUCCUGUUUUUUGCAAAGUGAAAUUAAAUAAUAUACUCACA